GCCCCGGGCGGCGCGGGCCAAUGAGGAGCGCGCGUCUUGGAGCGGCGCGCAGGCGCGCUGGAGGGGGCGGCCGCGGAUUCAUGUGGAGGAGGGCUCCGGAGCGGGGGCUGCAGCGCUGAGAUGGCUGCCAAGGUGUUCGAGAGCAUCGGGAAGCUCGGCCUGGGCUUGGCCGUGGCGGGGGGAGUCGUCAACUCCGCUCUUUACAACGUGGACGCAGGGCACAGAGCUGUGAUCUUCGACCGCUUCCGGGGGGUGCAGGAUGUGGUGGUGGGCGAGGGCACCCAUUUCCUGAUCCCCUGGGUGCAGAAACCCAUCAUCUUCGACUGCCGCUCGCGGCCCCGCAACGUGCCCGUCAUCACCGGCAGCAAAGACCUGCAGAACGUGAACAUCACGCUGCGCAUCCUGUUCCGGCCCGUGACGGCGCAGCUGCCGCGCAUCUUCACCAGCAUCGGCGAGGACUACGACGAGCGCGUGCUGCCCUCCAUCACCACCGAGAUCCUCAAGUCCGUGGUGGCGCGCUUUGACGCGGGCGAGCUGAUCACGCAGCGGGAGCUCGUGUCCCGGCAGGUCAGCGAGGACCUCACGGAGCGCGCGGCCACCUUCGGCCUCAUCCUGGACGACGUGUCCCUGACCCACCUGACCUUUGGCAAGGAGUUCACGGAGGCGGUGGAGAUGAAGCAGGUGGCGCAGCAGGAGGCAGAGCGGGCCAGGUUCAUCGUGGAGAAGGCCGAGCAGCAGAAGAAGGCGGCGGUGAUCUCCGCGGAGGGCGACUCCAAGGCCGCGGAGCUGAUCGCCAACUCGCUGGCCACGGCGGGGGACGGGCUGAUCGAGCUGCGCAAGCUGGAGGCGGCCGAGGACAUCGCGUACCAGCUGUCGCGCUCGCGCAACAUCACCUACCUGCCCUCGGGACAGUCGGUGCUGCUGCAGCUGCCCCAGUGAGCCCCGCCCGCCCGGCAAG